AUGGACGUCAUGGUGGACGUCUACACGGUGGAGUGCCUCUACAAGCGUUUCGGCUGCCCGACGUCCAUGGCCUACCACUCGGCCGCCGACCACGCGGCCAGCUGCAGACACGCGCCCUGCUACUGCUUCGACUGCCGGUUCGACAGCUCGCCUGUGAGCCUCGUGCGCCACCUGACGGCACGACACUCGUGGCCGGUGGAGAAGAUCCAGUACGAGGUGGCCAAAUCGUUCGUCGUGCCGGCGUCGGAGGAGGACAAGCGCCGCCUGCUGGUCGCGGAGGACAACUGUGUGUUCCUCCUGGCCGUGGGUGCCGGCAGGGACCCGGGCGGCCGCCGGCCCGUCAACGUCGUCUGUGUCAGGGGCAACGCGAAGCCUCUGUACACGGGCGUGCUCUGGGUGGACGGUCCUCCGGCGGCCCCGGGCCAACCACUCACGAGCAGCUUCCAGCUGAAAGCGACGGUGGCGAGCUGCUCCGUCCCCGGCGAGGUGGACAUGGAGCAGGGCUGGCUCCACGCGCACGUCGACCCCAACAUGAUGCACGGAGAGUCCGGCGAGCUUCAUCUGCGCCUUUGUCUCACCAAGCUCUCCUGA